AUGGGAAAGCCAAGAAGGCUAAGAUUCUCCAUGAAAGCCCUCCACGGGGUGAUCAACAGCUUAACCCCAGCAACGGCGGCGCCGCCAUUCUGCAUCCAACCAGCGAAGACUCACUCUUCUGGGGACCUCACGACAAGCCUGAGCUCCGUCUACUGCACUCCUCUCUACUCCGUCGCCUCCGAGCCCUGCAGCCAGCACAGCAGCCAACACGUCGACACUCCCAGCACGAGUACCUGCUCCAGUCACCUCUCCUCUACCUAUGUCGCCGCCGCCACCGACAACGAGGCUUUCAACGAUGGUACGCUAAGGUCCACGCGCUUCUUCUUCUCCCCCUGCAACUCCAAAUCAAUAACAGGUGUAGAGGAAAUAGAGGAGAUGGACGAGGAGAUUGGGACCGAUGUUGAAGGGCCGACGACGGAGUCCUCAGGAUUGUUAUGGGAGAGCAUAGCGAUGGCUAUCGCGUCAAGGGAUCCGUAUGGGGAUUUCAGAAGCUCCAUGGAGGAGAUGGUGGUAGCUCACGGCUUGUGGGACUGGUCAGGCCUGAAGGAAUUGCUACAAUGCUACCUGAGGGUCAACGAGAAGAAGACCCACAAGAUCAUAAUGCUUGCCUUUGUUGACCUUCUGAUGGACCUCGCCUCCCACGGCGACGUUCUCAGCUCUGAGUCGCCGUUCUCCUCUUUGUGUCCUCAUCGUCUUCAUCUCUGA